UGUGUGUUGUGUUGACGCAGUACGCUUUACUGCCUGAAGAGAGGCGGGGGAUUGCGAACAGACCGACUGACUGGAGGUCUGCUGCGGACUUAAUCGGAGAAGCACACACUGAAUUGGGGAGAAAAAGUUGCUUCUAACUACCCAUACGGCCGACACAGAACACAGAGAGUCACCCCUGGAGUUUCUAAAGCCCAGCAGUUCCCCACAAGUCGGACAUGAGGUGCCCUCCAGGCCUGGGUCGCUGAGCAGCUGAGGUCAAGGUUCAAGUGCUUGUUCCGGCAGUCAUGGCUGACAAGGACGGGCCGCCCAUCGCCUCGGGCCAGGUCUACAUCGAGGUGGAGUACGACUAUGAGUACAAGGCCAAAGACAAGAUGGUGGCCAUCCGCCAGGGGGAGUGCUACAUGCUGGUGAAGAAGACUAAUGAGGACUGGUGGCAGGUGAGGAAGGAGGAGGGCGCAAAGGCGUUUUAUGUGCCGGCGCAGUACGUCAGGGAGGUGCGCCGGGCGCUCAUGCCCCCUCAGAAGCCCACCUUAAGGGCCAAGCCCACCGUUUUGGAUAUCCGCCGGGCAUCCGAUGAAAACCUCAACCGACCCCAACCGGAAAUGUCCAGCUUUGGGCGUCCGUCGCCUUCCUCCACCCCCUCGCCGUCCUCGGAUCGUGUCUCCCCGCCGGCUCUGUCCAAGGAUGUUAACCAGAACCUGGGGAGUCCCCAUCACUGCAAGAUGGUAGCUGAACUGGUGCUACUUCACAACAACAACAACCACCACCACGCUAAUAAUUCAACGUUGCCAAGGACACGGGCAGACUCGCCUCCGCUCAAAGUAGGGAACAACCACAACAAAAGUCCAGAUAGUGACAAGACCUCCCCUCUGAGCAACCCGCCAGGAGAUCGGCUGAACAAGCUCCACAACGACUCGGAGUCUGGGGAUGAGCUGAGCAGCAGCUCCACAGAACUCAUGCAGACAACGUCCCCUACAGGUCAGGGCCGCUCCGACUCGCCGGUCUACACCAACCUCCAGGAGCUGAAGAUCUCUCAGUCCAGCCUGCCGCCCAUCCCCUCCAGCUCCCCUCUCCACAUCCUGGGCGACUGGGAGACCCACAAAGACCUGAGCGGCAGGCACUUCUACUACAACCGAGGCUCCGGAGAGAGGACCUGGAAGCCCCCCCGCACCAGGGACACCAGCGGCAGCACCAGCAGCUUCAGGGGAGACAGCCAGGGCACAGCGGAGAGCGAGCCGCUGUCCUCAGAGGAAAACUGUCACAGCACCCACUCCAGUCAGUCUGACAGCCAGUACGGGUCCCCCCCCAGAGGCUGGUCUGAGGAGCUGGAUGAGCAUGGACACACUCUCUACAUCUCUGAACACACACAGGAGAAGUGGAUAAAACAUGUGGAUGAACAAGGCCGGCCCUACUACUACAGCGCUGAUGGAUCCAGGUCAGAAUGGGAACUGCCCAAGUACAACAUGUCCCCUCUGUCCGGGGAGGUUCCCAAGAGUCGCAGUCUGGAGAGGAAGCAGCAGGACCCCAUCGUCCUCACCAAGUGGAGACACAGCACCUACGUCUUAGACCUCAACGACAAGUUCUCUUUCAAACUGUGGCGGUUUUCAUCCGACAAGAGGAGAUUUCGCCUCUCUCUUUACCGUGACAAAGAGUGUGCUCCGGCGCCCAAGCAGAGCCCCCCCGACUCUGACUCCUGCCCCUCAUCUCCUAAGCAUCCCUCGACCCCCUCGGAGAAAUGCGGAGUUCUCAAUGUCACCAAAAUCACGGAGAAUGGAAAGAAAGUCAGGAAGAACUGGACCUCCUCGUGGACAGUGCUGCAGGGGUACUCUCUCCUCUUUGCAAAGGGUCAGGGGGGCAGCACCAGCUGGUCUUACUACCGCAGCGGCUCCAUCCCUGAGCUGCUCCUCACUCUCCUUAGCAACUGGAAGCGCUCAGUGAAGCCCCGCCCUGCUGUCUCCUAUGUGAACUGUAGGCCUGUGCAGGCUGCCGCUUUUGGGGGCAACCAGUCCAAGCCGGAGUUCACUGUGGAUCUGCGGGGGGGGUCGGUGGACUGGGCCUCUAAGGACAAGUCGAGCAAGAAACACGUCAUUGAGCUGAAGACUAGACAAGGAACAGAGCUGCUGAUCCAGUCAGAGAUCGACAGCGUAAUCAACGACUGGUACCGGGCCCUCACAGAGACCAUCAACACACACGCCUGGGAGUCAGAUGAGGCCAUUGAGGAGGACAUGCCUGAGUCCCCAGGAGCUGAGAAGCAGGACAAGGAGAAAGACCACCGGGACUCCAAGAAGAACAGAGUGAUGAAGACCUCUGUGAGUAUGGACUCAUCAGACCAGAAGAAAACCAGGUUGAAGCUCAAGAAGUUCCUGACGCGUCGACCCACAUAUCAGGCUGUACGAGACAAGGGAUACAUCAAAGAUCAGGUGUUUGGCUGCAGUCUGACCAGUCUGUGCCAGAGGGAGAACACAUCGGUACCCAACUUUGUCACCAUGUGCAUCGACCAUGUGGAGAACACAGGUCUCAGUAUUGACGGCUUAUACAGAGUGAGCGGGAACCUGGCAGUGAUCCAGAAGCUGCGCUUUGCUGUGAAUCAUGAUGAGACAUUGGAUCUGAAUGACAGUAAGUGGGAGGACAUCCACGUCUGCACCGGAGCUCUGAAGAUGUUCUUCAGGGAGCUUCCCGAGCCGCUCUUCACGUACGGGUCCUUCGAAGACUUUGUGGAGGCCAUCAAAUCCUCAGACUACAACCAGCGAGUGAACUCAAUCAAAGACUUGAUAAAUAAGUUGCCAAAACCCAACCACGACACAAUGCAAGGCCUCUUCGAACACCUGCGGAGGGUAAUUGAUCACGGGGAGGCCAACCGCAUGACCACCCAGAGCGUGGCCAUCGUGUUCGGACCCACGCUGCUCCGGCCCGAGACCGAGACGGGCAACAUCGCGGUCCACAUGGUGUACCAGAACCAGAUAGUGGAGCUCAUACUGCUCGAGUACGAAAGCAUCUUCGGCAGGUAGAGGCACUCAGAAUACGUGCCGGGGGCUUUUUUCAAAUCACGGACUUCUUUUUCCUUCCCCCCCCCUUCUUUCUUUGACUGAACUGAACAUUGCUGUGGACCAAGCAGUUGGGAGAGAAAAAAAAUGACCUCCAUGGACAGGACAGUUUUUCAAAAGUGUUGCACUUACAGAAGUUUUGGAGAUAGAUUAAAAAAUAAAAGGUGUACAGAUUUCACCUGCUUCUUCGCAGGCCGGACAAUGGACAGUGUUUGGAAGUGAUGACGUCCGUGUCAUUGUGGUGGAUUUCAGUAUUCAGGUGUUUUCACAUACACUGGAUCCCUGUGGCCAGUAUUUCAAACGGGGGGGGGGGGGGGGACCCUUCGCCUUCUGGUGGAGCCGACCAGACUUUGGCACACCGCGGGGGGGACGCGUGGCAUUAUUAGCCAAACCUCAUCACCUCGGAAUGAGCUGAAUCUGAACUGGAUAGGUUUUUUUGUUUUUGUCUGUGUCGUGGAGCUUCGUCUGUGAUGUACAAACCAUGUGUGGUUUUGGAUCAGGUGGUAAAAAAAUAAUCAGUGUUAUGUUAACGGACUGUCUUUUUUGGCACUUGGAUGAACUGGAGUUACAGAUCGUGUCCCCAACUUACCUUAAUGACACCGUCACGCCCUGUCCCUCACCCCCCCCCCCCCCCCCCCCCCCCCCCCCCCCCCUUUUCAGCCAGUGUAAACCAUUAACCCUGUGACUUGCGCGUCCUGUUACUUGAAUGAAUGAGGACAAACCCUCCAUCUGUGUGUGUGUGUGUGUGAGUGAGUGAAUUAACCUAAAUGGAAUAAAACCUGAGCAGAAGCAUCCUCGUCUUGCCACUUUGUACAAACUGUGUGUCGUGUAGUCUUACGUGCUUUGGUAAAGUUUCCGUUAAGCUGCCGGCGGUCAUCGUCUGUGCUCCUUUUGUCCUGGUGUUACUGGAAAAAAGUGGAUUUCUGGGGGGAAUGCAAUGUUACCAAUUUUUACAUGAAUUGUCUCUAACUUUCGGCUUGAUGACCCUUCUCUUCACCUAAGCUAAUAUUAAAGAGUAUUCAGAGAAGGGAAAUGGUACUGAGAAUAAGUUGAUGUAGCUCGAUGUAUGGAAGCGUGUGGGUGUUAAAAUGAAAAGAAGAGCCUUUAAAAAAACCUUGCAGAGCAUAUGUACAGCAACAGAAGCUAGUUGUUUAAAAUGUGUUAUAGUGACUGAGGUAUGUAUGCUUUGAUGGUGAACUAGUGAAAGAUUUUGAUUUUGUAAAUUUGAAUUAAAAAAUAUGACUAUACACAGAUUGUGAAAAAAACAAACACAUGAUCGACUGUUAUUUUUUGUUUGAAGGUGUACCUGGAGUGUUUUGCGCAUGGUCAGCUGCACAUUUUGAAUGUAAUUUUCAGGCUAACUGCUGUUUGUGAAACUGCUAUGUCUAAUAAAAAAGACAAACUAAAUGUUCA